AUGACAAAGAAAGUAAAAAAUUAUAACAAAGAAGAAUAUCAAAGAAGACUUCUCCUUGAUAUCAAUCUAUUUGAAAUUCGUAUUGAUAUUAUCAAGAAACUUGCUCAAUUAACAAAAACUUUCAGAAGGCCAGAGUACAUUAGAGCAAUCACGAGGAUGGCAGACUUUAAAGAAACAGUUGCUGCAAACAUGGACAGUGAUUGGCGUGAAGAUACAUUAUCUCCUCAUACGUUCUUACCAAAAUUACAAAGCCCUCAUCAUGAAGAAGCACCAAAAAGACCAGAACUAACAUAUACAGGUCAUUUUAAAACACUUCAAGAAGUAAUAAAAAACCCACAUUUGGUUAAUGAACCAGAAAGACAUCCAACAGAAAGAAAAACUCCAACAACAAGAAGAGGAUCUUUCACAAUUGAACCUUCGGAAACCCAAAUACGAGCAAGAAGCAUGUCACUUGGAUCUCUGGAAAAUCCACCUCCACCAAAACCAAGAAGAAUGUCACUUGUACCAACGGAAGAAAUUGAACAAAAAGAAAUACAAGAAGUACCUCCACCUCCCAUACCAAAGCCUAAAGAACUAGAAUCAAAAGAUACAACCUUACCUCCCCCAAAACCAAAAAGAUCUUCUCUUCAAAUGCAAGAACAAACUCCUCCACCAAAACCGAGAAGAAUGUCACUUCUUCCAACAGAAGGUGAUACACAAAGAGAAAUACAAAAAACCCAAGAAGUUUCACCUCCCAUACCAAAACCUCAAGAACUCAGAAGAGAUAAUGAACAUUCUUUUUCACCUAUUACAAAAAAUGAUUAA